UAUUGUUUAUUCUACUCAUUCGUAUAUUAACAUUGACAUUAAAUAUCGUGAUAUUAAUGUAUAAUUUUUUCUAAAAAUAAUGUUUAUAAUUAAAAAAUAAGACAAUUAUAUUUUUCCAUGUAUUGUCAUAAAUAUAUAAUAAUUUUUUAAUAUUUUAAUUCAUUUAUUUAUGUAAAAUAAUGAUAUAAUAUAUAUGAAAAAUAAAAAUUAUUUAAUUAAAGCGUAAUAGAAGUGAUAAAUUGCGUGAAGCCAUAACCUGAGACAAAAAGUGAAAAUAUUAUAAACUGAUAAAACAAUAUAAAAAUUUCAUUAAAAUAUUAAAUUAUCAUUAUCAUUAGAUAAUGAUAAUCAUUAAAUGAUUUAAAAUUGUUAAUAAAAAAUAAAUUAUUUACCAUAAAAUGCCAUAAAAUCGUAAUUUAAUUCUAAGUCUGACGUUUCAUAAAUGUCCGGCUUGAUUCGUAUGUAUUCUUCACAGUUUCAUAUUCCACACGUUCCUUUAUUUAACAUUAUUUUCAUUAUUACACUAGAGAGUAUUAAAUAUAAUUAUUCGCUAAAUUCAUAAAAAACGAUAUGCAAUGUAGUUAUAUUUACUUGUAUUUUUUAAUAUUUUUAAUUAUAAAGUUUAUAGCAUAAAAUUUAUUAUUACAUAAUUACGAUAUCUUUCAAUUAAAUACAUGUUUUAAUUGAAUAAUAUAAAUAAUUUUAUUAUAAUUUAGUUGAAAAAGUAUAAUGGACAUAAAAUAUAAUUUAUUUUUUAUCUAAUCUUAAUAUAAUGACAGUAAUAAUAUAGGAUUUAUUCUACCAUACCAACUGUAGAUAUUGUUCAUGCUUAGAAACCAUAGAAUAAAUUAUUAAUAGCUUCUUAUAUGUGAAUGAAUAUCUUGGCAAUGAAACAUUUUGAAUAUAUUAUUAAAUAUAUUUAAUCAUUUGAGAUAUGUAAUAUUAGUAUACUAAAUUCAGGAAAUAUAAAAUUUUAUUAAUUUUCUUUUGAAAACUAUUAAUAAAUUAUUUAUUUGAUUUUAUUUUAUCGUUUUAUUAUUUUAUUAUAGUUUCUUAUUUAGACAAGAAAAAAUAUUAAUAUUUAAUUUUAUAUAAUCUAUGCAUUGUGCAAUUAGAAAUAUCAAUCAUAUUUAUUUUUAUGCAAUUAAUAAUAGACUUUCAAUUCGCAAGACAAAAACAAUAAGUAUUUGAUCAUUAAUUUUUAUGAUAUAUGUACUUGUAUAUUUGUAUGAUUUGUAUGAUAUAAAUUAUAUAUACACUUUUAUUCAUUUUAAAAAUGUAAAUUCUAUGGAUCCACAUCAAGUAUAAAACCACUUUGAACUAUUUUCAAGUGCAAUGACCAUUAUGACUUCAGUUAUUGUACUAUAAGCAGACAGCGUAUACGUCAUCAAGGUCAUUAUUUAAUCUAAUCCACACUUCCACAAUGACUUCCACGUUGCAAGUUCGAUGUAUCGUAUUUGAGCUAUACUUCAUAUUAUUAUAUUAUACAUAUAUAUAUAUAUAUAUAUUCAAUUGAAUAAUAUGUAUAUAUGUAAUUUCUUAUUUGAAUCAAGAAAAUUAUAAAUUUUAAGAGUUUUUUUAUUCCUAAGAUUUUAAUAAAUACUGUACUUUUAUAUUCUGAUUUUUGUCUUGUUAUUAUAGAUUUAAAAAUGAUUACAUAAUAUCAUUUCUGAGGAAACUACUAUUAAAAUAAUGACGCAUUAAUAAAAAAAAUUGAAUUUUUGAAUAAAAAUAUUAUAGUUAAUCAAACUAUGAUGAUUAAACAUAUUAACUUUAUAAAUUAUUUUGCUUAUGUUCGCACAAAUAUUAUUAAAAGUAUAUUACAGCAAAUAUUAUUUAUCCAAUAAAUAUGGAAUUUCUCGUUACAAUUCAAAUAUGAUAUGAUGAAAGUAAGUUAUUAACAUGAUAUAUAUAAUUUAAAAGAUAUAAUUUUUAAUUAAAAAAAAUUAGAUAUAAAAAUAGAUGUUAAUAUAUAAUAUAUAAUAUAAAUAUUUCAAAAAAAUGUAUUAUAAGGACACUUUUAAUUUCUUAAUUUCUUUAAAUGUUUAAAUAAGUAUUUAGUUUACAAAAUAAAUAUAUUGAAAUUAGUAUAACAUUCAUAUAUAAUAGACAAUAUUAUAAUUAUAUAUAAUUACGCAUAUAACAUUUAUCGUUUUUAAAUUCAGCUGAUAUGAUUAACAAAUACUUGCACACGCAAAGAAAUUUACUUGAUGUAGACAAAAGACAUUUUUAGCAUUAGUCUAUUCUUUACAAGGUCCACACGUGUACGAAUCUUCAAAGUGUAUAAAUACAUUUUAUUUGAAGUUACUUCAUUGAACUCUGGCGUAGUGCUCCGUAACAUACUGGCCGUACGCCAGGGUUACGCAAGUCGCGCCCCGUUGACCUCCUUCUUCAUGAGAGAUUGACCUUGUAUCUCGUUCUUGUAUCUUAAACAGCGCAAACUCGAAACCACCCCAAAGGCGAUCACGGUACAACACGUGUACAGUAUCGUAAUUACGCUUACUAUAAUUCCCUAUUUAUGUUAAUAAUUAAAAAUAUGAAAAGUGUUGACAAUGAAAGUUCUUAUCAAUGAGAAUAUAACUUGAUCUCUGUAUUUGCAUACAUGUAUAAUCAAUACUAAAGAGUGUAGAUAGUGAUCGAUUAGUAUGACAGAAUAUUCUAUAGUAAUACUUACUUCGGAUAGUGUUAUAUUAAAUUGUACAAAAUUCGAUCAACUUUUAUUCUUGAUAUAGUGCUUUUUUGCUUUUUUUAAAAUUAAAUGCUAUAGUGUUUCUUAAUUUUAAAUAUUUUAGAUAUUAAUAAAAUAAUAAUAAAGAUAAUAAAGAUUUAUUAAAAUCAUAAAAAUAUUUUUAUGAAAAUCAAAAAAAAUUGUUAAAAAAUUAAAAAUUCAUUACAUUAAAAUUAAAGGGAUAAAUAAUUAUAUUUAUGAAAUUAUAAAAUAUAAAAUAAUUAUAAAUUAUAUGUUAUAUAUUGAUCAUGAAAGGUAAUAAAGAUAGAUGUACUACGCGGGUGUUUUAAAUGUGUAUACAAUUUUAUUUGUUAAAAUUUAUAAUUAUAAUUGCUUGCAGAUUAAAUUUUAUAAAAGAAAUUAUUAUUAUUAUAUUUCUUUUGAUUAAAUAUUAAUAUUAAUCAUUGAUAUUAAUUAAUUUAUAUUUUUAGAAAUAAAUUACAAAAUAUUAAUAUUAUUCAUAGUUAUUAGUCUUCUUGAAUACUUACUGAUUCAAUAUUCAUUUAAUUUCGAUUCUUAGACACAGAAAUAAUUAUAAUAUAAUGUGUAAAAUGUAAUAUAUUUUUCAUCAUUUCAUAAAAAUAAAUUCCCGCCAAAUUAUACUUCACAUUUCAAAUACUUGACACUAGCGACAAUUUCUAUAGAUUCUUUACCGGAAAUACGUCAUAAGCGCGGUUAAACAUAUAAUUUUGAAAGAAAUGAUUAUAAAUGCAUUUUAUUAAAUUGAUAUACACGACAAAUGACCGUAAAAAAGUGACAGGAAAGCAAAGUGUUGCAAGAUACUAAAGAAAGGUCACGAAUUCGAGAGUACACGUUUGAAGUGCAUGAAGUGUCACGGUCUUAAGGUGCGGUCGUGCCAGAAGAUUGAACCUGCGCAGAACUCUGCACGUGACCUGCGCAGCUAUUCUUAGCAGAGGUCCGUUCAACGAGAAGAACUCACUCUUCUCGCUCACUCGUCGUCCGGCGCGCGUCCGAAACAUUGGAGUUGGUUCCUCUUGUUUCUUUUGUUAACCCGUUUUCAUACACCAACUAUCCGAUACAAUAUGUCUGGUCUUGCGGACCCAGUGGCAUUCGCCAAGGAUUUCUUGGCUGGUGGUGUAGCCGCCGCAAUCUCGAAAACGACGGUUGCUCCUAUUGAACGUGUGAAGCUAUUGCUGCAGGUACAGCAUAUCUCUAAGCAAAUUUCUGAAGAACAACGUUAUAAGGGUAUGAUCGAUUGUUUUGUGCGCAUUCCAAAAGAACAAGGAUUCCUCAGUUAUUGGCGUGGUAACUUGGCUAAUGUUAUUAGAUACUUCCCAACACAAGCUUUGAACUUUGCCUUUAAAGACAAAUAUAAGCAAGUUUUCCUUGGUGGUGUUGACAAAAACACACAGUUCCUGCGUUACUUUGUUGGAAAUUUGGCCUCUGGUGGUGCUGCUGGUGCUACAUCUCUGUGUUUUGUAUAUCCCCUUGACUUUGCCAGAACUAGAUUGGCUGCUGAUGUAGGCAAAGCUGGUGGUGAACGUGAAUUCACAGGUCUUGGUAACUGUCUGACCAAGAUCUUUAAGGCUGAUGGUAUUACUGGCCUUUACCGUGGUUUCGGAGUAUCCGUCCAGGGUAUCAUCAUCUAUCGUGCUGCCUAUUUUGGUUUCUAUGACACUGCCCGCGGUAUGCUGCCAGAUCCCAAAAAGACACCAUUCCUUAUUUCAUGGGGUAUUGCCCAGGUUGUCACAACUGUUGCUGGUAUUGUAUCUUAUCCAUUUGAUACAGUACGUAGGCGUAUGAUGAUGCAAUCUGGUCGCGCCAAAUCCGAAAUUUUGUACAAAAACACUCUUCACUGUUGGGCUACUAUUUACAAAACAGAAGGUGGCAAUGCUUUCUUCAAAGGAGCAUUCUCUAACAUUCUUCGUGGUACAGGUGGUGCACUCGUAUUGGUACUUUAUGAUGAAAUUAAGAAUCUUCUUUAAGAUAUUAUAACGAUCCUCACCUCAUUACCUUCACAACUACAAUUACAACUACCAUCUUUAUUAUCCUUACCAUCCAAUGUAAUGCCAGAUCAAGUGGUUUCCAGACUGAAACAGUAUACAAGCUGUCGAGAAAAUUGAAAUACACUUUAGAUUAUAAUUCUUUUGGUAGUUUCUUAUGAAAUGCAUGGAGCUCGGCAGAGUAUAUAUUUUGACUUUAGAAGGAAAGAAUUCGCUUAAUUUAUUGCCGGAUUCAGUAUUUUCUUGAAAGGGUUCACAUGUGCCAUAUUUCAUAUUUCAUUUUCGUAAAAAAAAAAAAAAAUAAAAAAAGAUAUAUUUAUAUAAAUAUAUCUAUGGAAUUAAUAACAUAAAUGGCUAUAUGAAAUAUUUGAUACAUGUGACUACAUAAAAGAUGGUCAGGACAUAAAGUAGUAAAAUUAAUUAUCCAAAAAAGGAAAAAAAAAAUAAGCGUAUACAAUUGAGCAAGAGAAGGACGCGCGACGAAAUACCAUUACGGCGACGGCGGGGCGCGUAGACUUGGGCCGCCCCCCGCCCUUAUUCUCGGCCCAUUGUAGAUAAUUAAUAAAUGAUCAUAUUUACGAUAUCAAUGAAGUUCAUCGAGUUUCAGUGAACAGUAAUUUAAUUUCGCACUCCAGACAAAUACGUGUAAGAUAAUGAGAAGCGUUACUUGUAAGUGUAUGCAUCCAAUGUGUUCAUGUUAGGAUGCGUGCAAAGAAAAUAACAAAAUCAAUAAAAGUAAUAAUAAAA